AGGGGUGGGGGGGGUGUCCCGAGCCGGGCCGGGGCCGGGGCCUCGCCAUGGCCGGGGCCAUCGCUUCACGCAUGAGUUUCAGCUCCCUCAAGAGGAAGCAGCCCAAGACGUUCACCGUGCGCAUUGUCACUAUGGACGCGGAGAUGGAGUUCAACUGCGAGAUGAAAUGGAAGGGGAAGGACCUGUUUGACCUGGUGUGCCGGACUCUGGGACUACGGGAAACCUGGUUCUUUGGACUGCAGUACACAAUCAAGGAUACUGUGGCCUGGCUCAAAAUGGACAAAAAGGUGCUGGAUCAUGAUGUUUCAAAGGAAGAGCCAGUCACCUUUCACUUCCUGGCCAAAUUUUAUCCAGAGAAUGCAGAGGAGGAGCUGGUCCAGGAGAUCACACAGCAUUUAUUCUUCCUACAGGUGAAGAAGCAGAUUCUGGAUGAGAAGAUCUAUUGCCCUCCUGAGGCGUCGGUGCUUUUGGCUUCCUACGCAGUCCAGGCCAAGUAUGGCGACUAUGACCCCUCUGUUCACAAGCGUGGGUUUUUGGCCCAGGAAGAGCUGCUUCCAAAAAGGGUAAUAAAUCUGUAUCAGAUGACACAGGAGAUGUGGGAAGAGAGAAUUACCUCCUGGUAUGCAGAGCACCGGGGCAGAGCAAGAGAUGAAGCGGAAAUGGAGUAUUUGAAGAUUGCCCAGGACUUGGAGAUGUAUGGUGUGAACUACUUUGCCAUCCGGAAUAAGAAGGGCACGGAACUGCUGCUCGGGGUAGAUGCUCUGGGCCUCCACAUCUACGACCCUGAAAACAGGCUGACCCCCAAAAUCUCCUUCCCUUGGAAUGAAAUCCGGAACAUCUCUUACAGCGACAAAGAGUUCACCAUUAAGCCUCUGGACAAGAAGAUUGACGUCUUUAAAUUUAACUCCUCAAAGCUGCGUGUUAACAAGCUGAUUCUGCAGCUGUGCAUUGGGAACCAUGACCUCUUUAUGCGAAGAAGGAAGGCCGACUCAUUGGAAGUACAGCAGAUGAAAGCCCAGGCCAGAGAGGAGAAGGCCCGAAAGCAGAUGGAGCGGCAGCGUUUGGCUCGAGAGAAGCAGAUGAGGGAAGAGGCUGAGCGAACAAGGGAUGAAUUGGAGAGGAGGCUCUUACAGUUGAAGGAGGAAGCUACCAUGGCCAAUGAAGCUCUGAUGCGGUCUGAGGAGACAGCUGACCUGCUGGCGGAAAAGGCCCAGAUCACAGAGGAGGAGGCAAAGCUCUUAGCGCAGAAGGCGGCUGAGGCUGAGCAGGAGAUGCAGAGGGUCAAGGCCACAGCCAUUAGGACGGAGGAGGAAAAGCGCCUGAUGGAGCAGAAGGUGCUAGAGGCCGAGAUGCUGGCACUGAAGAUGGCAGAGGAGUCAGAGAGGCGAGCGAAGGAGGCCGAUCAGUUGAAGCAGGAUCUCCAGGAGGCCAGAGAGUCUGAGAGAAGAGCAAAGCAGAAGCUCUUGGAAAUCACCAGCAAGGCUUCCUACCCGCCCCCCGUGAGCUCGAGUACCACAGCCCUGCCUCCCGAUGUGCCUGGCUUCGGGCUCAUUGGCGAGAGCCUGUCUUUUGACUUUAAGGACACUGACAUGAAGCGGCUCUCCAUGGAGAUAGAGAAAGAGAAAGUGGAGUACAUGGAGAAGAGCAAGCACCUGCAGGAGCAGCUGAACGAGCUGAAGACGGAGAUCGAGGCCCUCAAGCUGAAGGAGAGGGAGACGGCCUUGGACAUUCUGCACAGCGAGAGCUCCGACAGGGGUGGCAGCAAGCACAACACCAUCCGAAAGCCUCAAGCCCAAGGCAGAAGACCUAUCUGCAUUUGAGCCUUCCAAGUAGGUUGUUCCAAGCUCACCCUGCAGAGUACAAAGUCCCGAGUGGCCUUCUUUGAGGAACUUUAGGAAGUGACCCAGCCAUCCCAGCGGCCACUUCUGCCUGGGCCCUCUGCAUCAGCAGGUUUGACCGAGCACCAUGGGAGCGAUCGUGGGACAUGCUGGCCGGAGGAUGAGGAUCUCCUUGAACUUUUUCUGGCCAAGCGGUGACCCCAACGUCAACGAUGUGCAAUGGCCUUGAAUUCCAGCCCUUCCAAGGAUUUCUUAUGUGGGAUUCAAGUUCAGCCCUAUGGAUUUUUAAAAAAAUGUGCAGUCUCUUUUCUCUAAUGUAUAGUUGUGACAUCCCAUGUGGUCUUCAGACACCUUGGUAUGUAAUUUUUGCUAGCUGCAGUCUCAGCCUAUUCGACCAAGGGGAGAGGGGAAGCUGAUUUGAGAGAGAAUAUCCAAGUAGAUGGGAGAGGCGAAGCCCCUGUGUGGACAAGUGUUCUCGUGACACCUUCUGAAACACCAGGGGUCAAGAAGAUCAGUGCGUUUGUGCUGCUGCCCCAAGCCAGAGUUUCAGAAGAGUGAAAGAUCUGACCUUGCCAGGGUGGCGUCUCAGUAGCCAGACCUGUGAAGGAAAUGCCUUCAUGCUGGUGCUGUAGAGGGCCAGCCUCUUUGGAGGAGGGAGGCUGAGAAUCUUCCCGGAGUGGGGCCAUGGGCUCAUCCCAGCCAUCAGGCCUCAGAUCCCGGCCCCCUGAGAAUGGGCUUUGGCUGCCAGACAGCCAGGUGCUAGAACAGCAGCCGUGUUUGCGAGAAGAAGCUCAGGCCAAAGCUGCAGCUGGGGCUGGGUCUAGGAAGGAGCGGCCUCAGCUCCCAAGCUUGCCUUGUGCCCUGUCCACAGCCGAGGAGAACGGUCGCCCCCAAAGCCUGCACAGCUUUGUCCCUUCUGGGCCUCACUCCCCAUGCCAUGGUUCACAUAAGACGUGAGGGACCUAGUGUUUCUGGGGACCUUCUAGUAAUCAGCCAAGACUCAGAGGGCUGUGGGUCUUUGCAGGCACUCCCCGCUGCUCUAAUCUGCUGUCGAUGGCAAGCCUUUCUUUGGCACUAAUUUAUCUUAUGUUCUCUCUUGGCAAGAAGCUUGACUGCUCUGGCUAAGCUCUGCUCUCUGUAUCUUGAAACAUACUACUUAACCCUUGCAUCAUCCACAUGUUUAAUCUUGUUCCUGUGCCCAAUGCCCUUUUUAAAAAAACUCCCUGCUGGAUGUUUAGGUCCUUUUGUGCUCCCUUUCCUCCUGUCGCUGUGCCUAGGAUGGUGUUCUGCCCCACUGUAGUGGGUGCUCAGUAGAUGCUCUUUGAAUAUUCUAUGCUAAAGAAAUCAUCCUCCCUUGUACUUGGUUGGGUGCUGCUCCUCCCUAGGCGAUGUCCCUGCCUUGGGCCACCAGCUGCUGUGCACAGUGUGACCUGGGUGGUUUUGAGCGGUUACAUGGCUUUGACAGCUUGUCAGACUGAGAAGUGAAGGAGGCCGUCCCUGUGUGGUCAGAAGGAGCUGUGGGCUUCAUUGUGUGGCUCCUCCACAGUCUGCCCUCUGGGCCUUGAGAGCCAUGCUCAGGAAGAGUAGCAGAUUAGUGAAGCCCCUCCUGGUCUGGCUGGCGGGUCAGCACCCUGCUGCCUGGCCCUGUUUCUGCCCUUCCUGCUGGCAGGAGGAUGGCUGAAAUGACCUCAUGAUUACUUGUGGCUGUUAGGCAGCAAAUGUGAAUCUGGGGGCUUUGCUCUCUGUGGGUCACCUCUUUUUGAAUAAUAAAAACACUUAGUCAUCCAGCCUAUAGGAAGGCCUGGGACCCUGCCCCACCCCCCACCUGCUCCAUAGGAUGGGGCUCUGGCUCCAUGGUACCAUGCUGUCUCUGGUGCAGCCACCUCUGGGAUGGGUUGGGGCCAGCUGGGAGGUGUCUGCGCUCCCUGCCUCUGGGGAUUGCUGCUCUUAUUUAAUUAGCAGUGAAAGUCCAGUGCCUCCUCUGGCUGCUGGGCAUGAGCCUGGCUCACCAGAUAACUUCAGUUUCUCAGUCUUUGUUCCUUAUCUUACAAAGAGGUUCGAGAGACUUGUGAGUGAGGUUGCCCAAGGUCAGAACCUCUCCCUUUUGGGGGGAGGGGUGUGGGCUGGACAGUGAUGCCAAGCCCCUGAACCUGUCUCACGUUUUCUCUUUGCCAUCCAUCAUGAUCUUACCUGAAUUCUUGUCAUAAACACCAUUGCUCCUCUUGAAAAUUGAAAGACAUAGGGGGAGGGAGCUGGCCCUGGAGGCAGGAGACCCCAACUUCGAGUACUGGUUCUCUGACUUAAUGUCUCAGUGCCCAAGCCCUUCUCUCCUGUGCAGAGGAGAGCCCCCAUGUCAGUGAAAUCACAGAUCUGGCUUCCACCCCUCACCCCCCCAGGGCCACAAAAGUAAAUGUCUGUAAUCUGUAAAGAUAGGAAACCGCCAAGCUUCCUUGGCCACAAAGGAUUUAAUGGCCAUUCUCUGCUUAUGGGAAGGGAAAACUGUGGAGAGCCAAUUAAUUCAACUCAAGAACUACCCCUCUUGUCUGCUCCACUGGCCCCUCUGCCUGGCAGACCAAACACUUCGAUCCUUGGCAGGGCAGGGGAUGUGGGCUGCCAGGUUCCCCCCCCCCAGGUAAAGCUCUGUAGGCAGGAAGUAGUCAGCCCCAAUGAGGGUCUUGUCUGGAGGAAGAUUGAGGGGUGGGGGCUUUGGCUUUUGGAUGCUUGUCCCCCAGAGCUUAGAGAUGGCUCUGUUAGGUGUAUUUUAUGUCAAUAAAGCGCAUAACAUGUAACGUGUACCUGAGCUUCUGACAUGCCAUAGGAGAGAAGGGAAGAGAUAGUGCUGACUUAGCAGUGAUUUCACUGAGCCCUGGGAAGGCCUGUGGGCAGGAGCAGUGGAGGGUGGGAGUGGCUUCCUGGAACCAGGUUCCUGCCAAGCACCCCCAGAAGGCUAUGCUGGUGGCCCCAGACUUCCCCACUCCCUACCCCUUGCUCCUGCAUCCAGACUGAUUGUCUCCCCUGAGUUACAUCACAGCACUUAGAAAUCCGUGAAAAAAUGUUGGGCCCAGCCCCCCAAGCUGGACACCCUCACACUCACACUUCCAAGUGAAAGUGCAUUUUGUAACCUGGCGGGGAGAGGCCCCUGCACCUCUUUCUUUCUCUCUGUCUCUCUCUCUUUGCCACUCUCUCUCUGUCUCUCUGUCCUUCUCUCAUGUCUCCGUGUAUCUCUGUCUCCCUGGCUCCACUCUCUCCAGAGUAAAAGUCUGUCUAAACCUCUGCAGUCCAGCAAAUCAAAAUCCUUCUCCAGCUUUGACUAGAGAGCUCAGAGCUCCCAGCCUGGGGAGAAGGAAACCUUGGCUCUCAUUUGUGCCAAUCUCCCUGGUCUCCAACCCAGGGGAGUCGACCCCUUUCUCUGGUCUGACUCUUGGCGUGUCACGCCCCCAAUACGAAUGUCUCGUCCAGCCCUCUUUUCAAAACAAAAGUUUGAGAUUUGGAUUUGUACAGCCCCCUCUGCUGCCAGGUGAAAUACCCACAAGUCUUUUCUAUUCUGGGGGAUUGUUAUAUUUUAACUGAUUGUUUUAAUAAAAAUUCAAAGCUGUAAAA